AUGCUUGUUCCGUCCACCACAUUUACGAAAAUUGUUGCUGCUUCAACUUCUGCGGUAACAGGUAUUGCGGCAAACGGGACUGCGACUAUACUUGCGUGGAAUCCAGAUGGAGAUAUCGUGGCAGGAAACAACGGCUAUGGGGAUCAGGCAAAUCAGCUAUGUUAUCCGGCUGGUUAUUAUAUCGAUAAAAACGGCUUUGUGUAUGUAGCUGAUAGUGGUAAUAAUAGGAUACAAAAAUGGGCACCGGAUAGCGUUGCAGGUGAAACCGUAGCAGGUGGUCAAGGCGCGGGAAAUAAUGCAAGUCAGCUAAAUUACCCGGCAAGUGUCCACGUCGAUGAUGAUGGAAAUAUGUACAUUCUCGAUAGUAAUAAUUAUCGAGUUCAGUAUUGGCCUAAGAACUCAGCAUAUGCAAACACAACUGCUGGUGGAAGGGGUUCGGGUUCUGGCGGUAAUCAGAUAAGUUUUGCUGUUAGCAUGACUUUUGACAGCUAUGGUAAUUUCUACAUAGCAGAAACUUUAGAAAGUUCUCGCUCGAGAGUGACAAAAUGGGUACCCAAUGCAACGUCUGGUACUGUGGUAGCCGGAAUUGAAGGUCAGGACUCUGGAAGCGAUCAACUAAAUAAUCCCAGUGGUGCAUAUGAAGACAAUAACGGAACUGUUUAUGUUGCCGAUACAUAUAACCAUCGUGUGCAAAAAUGGUUGAAAAACGCUCGAAAUGGAACAGCGGUGAUUAUUCGUUUAUAA